AUGUUUAAGAAAUUUGUUCCCUCUGAAGAUGUAACUGGCAGUCAGCAGUUGAAAAAUUCUGUCCAAAAAGGUAUUAAAGCAAAAAUCAUUGACGCUAUGCCAGAAGUUGAAAAAAUUGUUGAUGAUAUAUUUCCAAAAAAAGAAAAUUUUAAAUUAGUAAAAUUGAAGGAUCAUGUUGAAUUGAUUGUUGGUCAUACAGGAGAUGUGCUGUUUAUCAAACAUAGAGAUUAUAAUUAUAUUCCAACAUUACGUCUCCUCCACAAAUAUCCUUUCAUUCUUCCUCAUCAACAAGUUGAUAAAGGAGCCAUUAAGUUUAUUUUAAAUGGAUCAAAUAUUAUGUGUCCAGGCUUAACUAGUCCAGGAGGUAAAAUAACAGAAGGUUUAGAUAAAGGAACUAUUACUGCUAUUAUGGCUGAAGGAAAGGAACAUGCAUUAGCUAUUGGAUGUAUGAAGAUGAGUUCAGAAGAAAUAGUAAAGAAAAAUAAUGAUAUUGGCAUUGAUACAAUUCAUUACCUUAACGAUGGUUUGUGGAAAUUAGUUACAGCCUAA